AAAAUGUCAAAAAUCAAAAUCGUGAAUUUACGGAAUUUGUGCAUGUCAUUCAGUAUUUGUAUUUUUCAUUUUCAUUAAACACAAUUUACAGUGUAAACGAAUAACAAAAUGAUGGGCAUGGCUGAAAAUUUUCCCGAAUAUGCCGUACCCGGUGCUACACAGCAUCGUUUCGAACCGUACGCUGACAACGGGGGGAGCGUGGUGGCGAUCGCCGGCGAAGACUAUGCCGUGAUUGGGGCAGACACUCGGCUAAGUACUGGGUACUCUAUCUACACGAGGGAGCAGAAGAAGCUGUUCCGGCUGUCGGAGUCGACAGUGCUGGGUGCGACGGGCUGCUGGUGCGACACGCUGACGCUGACGCGGCUGCUGCAGGCGCGCAUGCAGAUGUACCAGCACGAGCAUAACAAAUCCAUGUCGACCCCUGCCGUCGCGCAGAUGCUCUCGACCAUGCUAUACUACAAACGUUUCUUUCCUUACUAUGUGUCUAAUGUUCUUGCUGGACUGGACGCUGACGGUAAAGGCUGUGUGUACAGCUACGACCCUAUCGGCCACUGCGAGCGCUCCAACUACCGCGCCGGUGGCUCUGCCGGGGCACAGUUACAGCCCCUACUUGAUAAUCAAAUUGGAUUGAAGAAUAUGCAGAAUGUGGUGGAGGCUCCUUUGCCUAAGGACAAAGCUUUAGCUUUACUUAAAGAUGUGUUCAUCAGUGCAGCUGAGCGUGAUAUUUACACUGGCGACUGCAUUUACAUUCUGAUGAUCACAGCCAAUGGCAUCACUGAGGAGAAGUUUGAACUCCGUAAAGAUUAGAUUUUCAAAAUAUACAUUUUAUAAGA